CAUAUUUGACAGUUUUGACACUAUUUGACAGCCACUAAAGAAAAAAGAAAACAAAAUUAUUUGUUUCUAAACUAACAUAUUUGCAAUAUCCAGAGCGAAAAGUUUAUAAAUACUGAAAGGUUUAUGUACAAAUUAAUUCAGUGAUAAAGAAUGGCGGAAGCUGUAGAUAAUGUAGUCACUGUCCCACAAUGUAAGGAAAAAGGUGAUAAUAUGGAAUGUGCAGUCUGUCUACAAAAGUGUAUUCAUCCAGCUCAACUGCCCUGUGGACAUAUUUUCUGUUUUCUAUGUGUCAAAGGUUUUGCAAAUCAAAAUAAAAGAUGUGCUAUGUGUAGGCAGGAAAUACCAAGAGAUUUUAUAGAACAACCAAACCUUCUGGAACCAGUUUGUACAGAUAAAACAGAAGUCUGUGAUGACAGUUUUCAAUGGUUUUAUGAAGGAAGAAAUGGUUGGUGGCAAUAUGAUGAACGUACUAGUAAAGAUUUAGAAGCUUCAUAUACGAAUAACGAAAAAACUUGUGAACUGCUCAUCGCUGGAUUCUUGUAUAUAAUAGAUUUAGAAAAUAUGUUGCAAAUAAGAAGAAAUGAUCCUUCGAGAAGACGGAGAAUUAAAAGAGAUUUUGCUACGGUUGCCAAAAAAGGAGUUGCUGGUCUCCACAGCACUAAGAACGUUACAAAUUCCAUUGAAAAUCACCCAGCGCCUAGAAGUGAAUCUCGAGAAUUCGCUACUAAUGAAACAGAUGUUAACUCUGAAGAAUCCGCGGAAGAAACCGAAAGUGCCGAGACUGAGAGUGACACGGACCUAGAAAGCGCCGUGCAGAGAUUGAGGCAGCUAGAUAUUAAUAAUGAUGUAUGAUCAAUUUUCGGUGCAGUUACCAGUGUGGCUCUAAGGGUAUUUAUCCAAAUUAAUUUUUUGAGAUUAAAUUGUGUUUAAAUCGUUAGGUAAAAUGCUCAAAGUCUACUGUAGGAUGUAGGUACUAAAACUAUGAAA